GAAUGAAUGACACAAAACAAACAAAAAACAAUCGGUUUUAUUGCUAUUCAUUUAAAACAUAUGUAUUGUCUUUAAUAUUAUUGGAUCUAAUAGUUGUUAUUAAUAUUCAUAUCAUAUAUGUGUUGACAUAUAUCCCGACGCCAACCGAUACUAACCAUUCCGUAUAUGGACGACACCGACGACAAUCUCGAUACUGUUCUGCAAGAGUUUGCCGACAUUGGCGCCGAACCGCCAAAUAAGCGACAAUUGUGUCCGAAAUGCAGUCGGCCAAUGAGGGUGUGUUGGUGUCCACAUCUGACCGAACGACUAAUUGAGACCAAAAGCCGUGUCGUAAUACUUCAACAUCCGAAUGAAGAGAAACGAUGUCUUCGGACGGCAAAGAUUCUCGAGUUGAGUCUCGCCAGCGGUCGGUGUCUUGUGAUUAGAGGCAAACGAUUUACUUCGUAUAAAUAUCCAGUACUUAAGGAACUAAUCGAUGGCCAGUCGGUGAUGACAACAAACGGCUGCGAAACUAUUGCACGCAAAACGGUUGUCGUCUAUCCAGGAGUCGGAUCACAAUCGUUGACCGAUUUGUCGGCCGGCGAGCCGUACAAUAUAGUGCUAAUCGAUGGCACGUGGAGUCAGUCGCGAUCUCUUUACCACAACAGUCCUCUACUUCACGAUCUGCCAAAGAUUGAGCUCAAUGGCACACAUCUUAGCAAUUACGUGAUCCGUACGCAACCAACCGACGGCUGUUUGUCUACUGUCGAGUCGGCUGCUCUGGUGUUGGCUCACGUGGACAACGAUCCGACCAUUUAUGCGAAGCUAACGAAUCCACUGAAGGCGUUGUGCGACUUUCAGCUAUCAUUUGGAGCCGUCAGUCAUCACAGCAAAGAGUUUCUGAUUGUAAACGGUUUGUAUAACAAACCGCUGACCAAACGUAUCAAACAAAAGUUGGAAAACAAUGAAGAUAUUAAACAAUUUAUUCGUUGA